AUGGCUGCCGACAGGGCCGCCGUCGCCUCCGGGGCUGACCUCGGCGAUGGCCUGAGAAAGCGUCCCGUCGCCGCAUCGCAAGCGUCCCUGACCCCCCAGGGUGGCCAGGCCGACGAUAAGAAGAAGCUCGCCAAAAAGGACAAGAGCUUCGCCGAAACCUUUGACGAGUGGGAGCCCAUCUUUGCCCCGCUCAUCUUCACGGCCCUCGCCUUCUUCACGCGAUUGUGGAAGAUUGGCCUCAGCGACAUUGUGACCUGGGACGAAGCGCAUUUUGGCAAGUUCGGAAGCUACUACAUCAAGCAUGAAUACUACUUCGACGUCCACCCCCCGCUGGGCAAGAUGCUCGUCGGCCUCUCGGGAGUCCUCGCCGGCUACAACGGUUCGUUCGAGUUCAAGUCUGGCGAGAAAUACCCCGAAUAUGUCGACUUCACCUCCAUGCGCGUCUUCAAUGCCCUGUUUGGCAUCGCCUGCAUCCCCCUGGCCUACUUCACGGCCAAGGAGCUUCGCCUGCGUAAGCCCGCCGUCUGGCUCGUCACGCUCAUGGUCCUCUGCGAGAACUCGUACACCACGAUCAGCCGAUUCAUCCUCCUCGAUUCCAUGCUGCUCUGUGGCACCGUGGCCACCGUCUUUUGCUGGGCCAAAUUCCACAACCAGCGACACAACAGCUUCGAGCCUGAGUGGUUCUUCUGGCUCUUCAUGACUGGCGUGAGCAUCGGAUGCGUCUGCAGCGUCAAGCUUGUUGGACUCUUCGUCACUGCCCUGGUCGGCCUGUACACGAUUGAGGACCUCUGGAACAAGUUUGGCGAUACCAAGAUGCCUGUCACUGAACUCGGCGCCCACUUCGUCACCCGAGUUGUCGGCCUCAUCGUCAUCCCCUUCCUCAUCUACAUGCUGUCCUUUGCCCUGCACUUUGCCAUCCUCGACCACACUGGCCCCGGUGACGCGCAGAUGAGCUCGCUCUUCCAGGCCAACCUCAAGGGCACGGAAGUCGGCAAGAACAGCCCCCUGGAGGUUGCCAUUGGGUCCCGCGCGACUCUCAAGAACAUGGGAUACGGCGGCGGCCUGCUUCACUCGCACGUGCAGACCUACCCCGAGGGCUCUCAGCAGCAGCAGGUUACUUGCUACCACCACAAGGAUGCCAACAACGACUGGUUCUUCUACCCCAACCGCCGCGAGGAAGACUACGACCCCGAGUCCAAGGACAUGAGGUUCCUUGCCGACAACUCCGUCAUCCGUCUCAUCCACGCGCAGACCGGACGCAACCUGCACUCGCACGACAUCUCCGCGCCCGUGUCCAAGGCCGACAAGGAGGUCUCGAGUUACGGCAACCUCACAGUUGGCGACGAGAAGGACCACUGGAAGAUCGAGGUCGUCCGGGACGUUGCCUCUCGUGACCGCAGCCGCAUCCGAACCCUGACGACCGCUUUCCGCCUGAAGCACGAGGUUCUGGGUUGCUACCUGAAGGCCACCAACAAGAACCUGCCGCAGUGGGGUUUCCGCCAGAUCGAGGUUACCUGCACCAAGGACAACAACCCUCGUGACGCCUACACCCACUGGAACGUCGAGGCUCACUGGAACGAGAAGUUGCCCGCUGGCGACCCUGGCGUGUACAAGUCGCCAUUCUUCCACGACUUUGUCCACCUGAACGUGGCCAUGAUGACCUCCAACAACGCGCUGGUUCCCGACCCCGACAAGCAGGACGAUCUCGCCUCGCAAUGGUGGCAGUGGCCGUUUUUGCAUGUUGGUCUCCGGAUGUGCGGCUGGGAUGACAACAUUGUCAAGUACUUCCUGCUCGGCAACCCCCUGGUUUACUGGGGCAGCACCGCCGCGUUGGGCGUCGUCGGUCUCGUCGUGGCGUGGUAUCUGGUGCGCUGGCAGCGCGGCUUCAACGACCUGAACUCCAAGGAGAUUGACCAGAUCCACUACGCGGGCAUCUACCCCGUUGCAGGAUGGUUCCUGCACUACCUGCCGUUCGUCAUCAUGGCCCGUGUCACCUACGUCCACCACUACUACCCGGCGCUUUACUUUGCCGUCCUGUCGUUUGGGUUCCUGGUGGAUUGGCUCGUGAGGAACCGCAACUCGACUGUCCAGGGUGCGGUGUACGGAGUCUUGUACACUGUCAUCAUCGGACUCUACAUCCUGUUCAUCCCCAUCUGUUGGGGCAUGGUCGGACCCAACAAGCAGUACAGCUACAUGAAGUGGUUCGACAACUGGAGAGUCACCGACUAA